AUGCUGGGCAGCACACACGUGAAGCAACAGCUUAUGUUUGGUGGGAGCCGCAAACAAAACCGCCACGGCCUCCCAGCACGGCCCGCUGCCCAACAAGGGACAGCACGGAGCCGAGCCGCGCCCACCCAGCGCCGCUUCAUCCCGAGGCUGCUCCGCGAGACGCGGCCCCAGCAGCCACAGACCGACCCCUCCGAAGGCCGCCCCGACAGGAGCUCAGCGCUGCCCAAGAGAAGCGGGAAGCGGGAAGCGAGCCGCUCGGAGCGCGGCCCGGAACGCCGCAGCGGGAGCAAACGCGGCACAGCCGAACGCCGCCCCCGAACCCCGCUACCGCCGCCCCGGGCGCCCUUCCACCAACGCUCCGCGCCCGGCCCCGCCUAUCCGCCCGCGGGGAAGCGCUGCGAGGCGGCGGCGCCCUCCCUGCCGGCCCCGCCCACCGCGAGCGGGGAGGAAGGGGAAGAAGGGAAGCGGGGAGGAGAGUACCUCCGCCGCUCGCCCCGCCGCUGCCGCGCAGCGCUCGCCCGCCCGUUGGCUGCCGGGAGCGGCAUGGCGGCCGGAAGCGGCGCGCGGCGCGCGCGGACGGCGGCGGCGCUGGAGGCGGUCGGUGAGUAG